ACAAUCGCCGGUAGUUCUUUCGGAAUUCGCUGGCGGUUCGCUCGCCUCGCGCGUCUGCGUAGCCUAGCAAAUAGUCCGCGGUGACUAGCUUUUUAAAUAAAAGUUUGUCUGUGGAAUAUUUGUGCUUACUGUGAGACAGCGCUGAAUAUUUUUUUUUCGGAUAGCAGCGUUGCCACAUGAAGAAUUAUUAUGCGAUGAACAUAAUCCCCGCGAAUACAUUAAUAAAAAACGAUCGAAGGUAUUCCGAAGAGAUCGCCAUUGACUUCAAAUGAAGCAAGAUUAGCAAAACGUGGGAAAACAAUAACAAAAUGGACGCAACAACAUUAGCUUCCACGCUUAGCACGGAAAUCAUACACAAUAUCACGAAUUUCGUGUCGCAUGAUCAACCUAUUAAUGGUACAAGUCAUGGGGUUAGACCACAAGCAAGAAUGUUUGGGAUCAUCGUAAAAGUAGUGUACGCUAUAGGAAUCAUUGGGAAUGCAACAGCUAUAAUUGCCUUGAGAAGAGGAGAGCGGAGAGUGAGGAAUAGAAAACACCUCCUUCUCCUGACUUCUUUGGCAGCAAAUGAUUUAGUUGCUCUGGUUGGCAUGAUGUGUGCAAUGAUAGUGGGCGAACACGUGCCGGGAGUGAAAGAAAUGCGGGUAUUCUGCGCUACGAGGGUGGUACUACGCGUGUUUGGGAUUGGAAGUGUUUGUAUAGCAGUCACUAUGGCACUGGAGAGAUACCUCGCUCUUACGAGGCCCUUCUUAUAUCAAAAGCAAGUCACGUAUUACGUGAUACGCAUGGCGCUACUGGUGUCUUGGUUCUGGGCCGCGGUACUCACCUGCGCUCCUGUCUUCGGACUCGGCCUUUAUUAUGACGAGGAUAAAAGCCAAUGCAUCCGAUACAGGAAUGCUACACACAGCGUCGACUUCGCAUAUGCUAUUUUCUAUGUCAGCUUCGGCACGAUGCUAUGCGUCAUCCUAGUAUACUGCAACUUGGCAGUAAUCAAGGCACUGUAUGCGAUUACUGCACCAAGAUCUAGUGGUCAACCGGUGGUGAGACGGGUCUCGAAGAGCAGCUGUAGGCAGCAAGAGAGAAGCCUAAACUCCAGGAACAAUCUACACCUUCAUCACAAUGCUGCCACCGCUGAGGAAGUCGCUUUCAGUAGGCUGAUGGCUACGCUGUCAGUUUUAUUCAUGAUUUGUUGGCUGCCGCAAAUGGUCACCUCAGCCCUAUACCUGGCGCUCGGCCCCGCACACUGGCACAAACUCCAGUCGUUGUCCGCGCUCUCUGACAUACUGAUGCUGUUGAACUACGUCCUCGAUCCAAUACUGUAUGUACUGAUGCGGCAGCGAUGGAGUAUCUAUCAUAGUAUCGCGCAUUGCUUCAAGCGGAGUCGCAAAACUUCAAGCGAAUCUCUAACUGUGAAGAACUCAUGCUGUGCUCAGGAUACAGUCGUGGUCAGCGAUAGCUCCGGUGCUGAGAUGCGCCCACUACGCCCUCUGCCGGCUGCGUGCCCCCAAGGUCAUCUUUUAGAUGACUGACCCAGGAUUGUGAUGCGAAAGUUUUAAAUCUUCAGUGCGGAACACUGGUGACUUCUGGAUUCUUCUAUUCGAAAGUUGUAGAAAAACUGCUUUCCUUCUUCAGUUAAAGUACUCAAUUGUUCAAAGUGAUCGUUAUUUAGCUAGUUUCUCAAAUUAUGCAUUAAGUUACCUGCAAUCUCUUAUGUGAAGACAAAGCAUGUUUUUAAAAUUGGAUAAAAAUGUGUAUAUAGGGUAACAACAAACAUAUAACACCUACUGUUUACAGGUUACGGUAACCAUUUAUAACAAUAUAAAAACAAUAACUUAUUAAAAAAAAAGUAUAUGACUAUCAUAUUAGCACAUAGACUGUGCUAUAAGAAUAAGAACCUUUUUUUUUAUAUAACACUGACGUGGCCAACAAGCAUAUGGCCUAUCUAAUGGUAAGCGGUUACCGUAGUCUAUGAACGCCUGCAAUUCCAGGCUAUACACGCGCGUUGCCGACCCUGAAGAAACCUCUUUAUCCCUAUAUACAUAUAUAUACAUUGUGAUUAGUACGGGUAGUACUAAUAGGUUAUAAACUAGCUAUAAACUCAUUUCUAAUUACAAAAAAAAUAGGUUAUAAAGAACAAAAAUCGUUUUAGUUCGAUCUCAGCUGUUCGAACUUUUAGAAUUAAUUCUAUGAUUAUGAGAAGAUUCAUGACAAAGUAUCUAUGUACCAUUAUUGUAUUUUAUAUUAUUGUUUAUUACUAUAUUGGAGUCGAAUAUUUUUUUAUUCAGAAUUUUAGAAUAAAAUUGUUGAAUCUCAAUAUUCCUGUUACAUUUUAAAUGGAGUUACAUCUGCAUUGUUUACAGAUGCGAUAUAUAUAUAUAUAUAUAUAUAUAUAUAUAUAUAUAUAUAUAUAUAUAUAUAUAUAUAUAUAUAUAUAUAUAUAUAUAUAUAUGUUUGUAUUAUAAAUUAGAAUAUAAGUUUAAAAAGUUUUAUAAAUUUUAUAAUAUCACCAUGCAAGCUCUACAUUUCAUGACGAACCGUACUCAAUCGCCAAUUGCGUUUCACGGAAGAAUUCCUUGAUUGCGGAAAAAAAUAUAAAACCAAUCACAGUAAACUUUUUUAUUGCGCCUUUUUCGCUUAUUUCUGUAAAUGAUACAAAAAUAUACAAUUUUUUAUAUAAAUACGUAUGUACCUAUAUUAUAUUACGAUUGAUCAUUAAAAGACCGAUCUAGCAUUGCAAGCAUACCGAUUUAUCGUAGCUUGUAUUGACUACAAUAAUCCAAAGUACCUCAAGGAAUUAGUCCUGAAACGCAUAUUACAAUUAACCUAAUAUUGGACCACAGAUAAAAGUCUGAGAGAAGAUUAAUUCAGUUUUGUAGAUAUUUUUUAAAGAUCCCAUGACUUAUAUUUUUAGACCAUUGUUUCUCAACUAUUUUUAUGUUACGAAAAAGUUAAGUAAAAAGUCUUGCGAUCCCGUCACUAUAAAAUUAUAAUAUUAUUAAUAUAAUUAAUAGUCGGUUAUAGGAAUCUUUCGUGGUCUUAUUAUUUUUCAAACAAGCCCCAAAUAUCGCGACCUCCCGGUUGAGGAACAAUGUUUUAGACUGUGCUAGUAUAUUCUAUUUACUAAAUAAGUUGUUGUAUACAAUUAUAGUACUAUAUAAGUAAAAAUGUUGUUGUGUGUAAUUAUGUAAAAUCAUUACUGUAAUAGGAUGCAUGCAGUAUAUAUAGCACUGUGAAUCACUAGUCCAUUCUUAAUCUGUACAAUUUAAGCAUUUAAUAUUAAUUUAAGUUUGUGUUGAAUAUUUUUACGCAAUCAUGUAAUUCACUGCGCAAUUUUUUACGCAUAAUUCUGUAAUUUGUAGGAAUUACACGCUAUUAAAUCCUUAUGAGAGAUACGCGUAAUUGCUUAAAAAUGUUCAUUCCCGAUUUGCGCUUUGUGAAUAAAUUAUAAAUAACUCAUUUCGUAUUUACUAUUAAGUAACGGUAGAGUUCAAUGGAAAUUUAAUUUGUCACACAAACUGAGGGGUGGUGAAAAUUCUGUCGUACACGAAUCGUAAUAGGUUUGCUUUGUAUAACUUGUCGAUGUAAAUGUAUUAGUCCUCAACGCGAUAAGCCUAUUAAACUCGAUGAGUUAUGCAAAACAAGUUCUAUUGUGAUUCGUAUUAGAUCGACAUUUAAACCUCCCUGAUCUGCACUCAUUAUUUUAUCUUCUAUUCAUUUUGAUUGUAAUCUUGAAAGAAGAUAAUAGCGUACCCAAAUACUGAUAGAAGGAGCAGCACCCUCUUCAUCUCAUCCAUUCUCUUCCUAUAUACUUCUCCUCUAGUAGAUAAUUUAUCAUGUCGUAUGGUCGUUGAAUCAUUUAACAGUUAAUGCUCUUCGAACUCGUUAAUUUUUUUUUUAUUUUAAACCUUUAUGCUUAUCCACCUUCUUCCUACCAAACCAUAGCUAUGGCCUAGAGUAGAAAAACUACUAGAGAAUGACCAAGUAUGACGCUCUCUUUAAUUGUUGUUUUUUUUUAAUUCACUCAUGACAUGUAAUGCACUAGAAACAUUAUCUAGUUUAUAUUUGUAUAUAUUGGCUAAAGGAAAAAUAUUUCUAUACUAAAUAAGUACUUAUUAUAACUAUGUACAUAUGGAUAUACAUAAUCACAUAUUCAGUAUCAAUAAGUAUUUUAUAGCAUAAUAUUUCGAUACCAAAUGUAGCGAAUAUAUUUUACGAGUUAUGUCAAAUUUAUAUCCAAUGUUACCAACAAUUGUACAUGAUAUUUUUAUAUUAUCUAUGUGAUAAGUUAAAAAUAAAAUCUCAUAAUAGAUAGUAUCUAAUUAAAACUCUAAAAACUAAAACAGAUAUUAUAAAUAUAUAUUUUACUGAACUAGGUCUUAUUUGGUUAAAAUUAUUUUGUUUAAUUUCGCUACCAUUAAUGUUUGGUGACUGCCAACACUCGAAGAUUGACUACUACUAUUAAUACCAAGGAUUUUUUUUUUCAUUUAUUGUGACUUUGGCGAAAGCCAUCAGCCAAAAAGUAACAAUUACAAGGUAACAAUAUACCAAGGAUUCCACAUCUUUCAAUGUUAAUGUCAUUAACUUUGACAUUUCAAUGUCAUUAAUUUCCAACUGCCAUUUCGUCCACGUACGUUCUGAGACACAUGUUUUACCUCUUAACAAGACAUUUUCAGACAAAUCACCAGAUCCCUGCUCGAAGCCCAGUGUUAACCAUUAGUUUGGACGUCGAAUAGUUAGGCUAUUUACACAUACUAAUGGUAGUGGAAUUAAACAAAAUAAUUCUAAUCAAAUAACCAAUUAUAUGUAUUUUCAGGACUCUUUCAUACGACACAGUUCGAGCAGUGGUGCAGCACAAAACUAUAGUUAAUAUCUAAGUACAUCCUGUUUGUAUUAACGUGUUAUGUAAGAAAUCUUAUACAAUGUUCGAAAAUAGUAAACAGCUUUCAAAUAAUACUUUAAAAUACAAAUAUAGCAAAAGCACAACAAAAUUCAUACAUUUAAUCAAUAAACGUUGUCGUGUGAAACGGUCCUUAUUUAUUAUUAUUAUUUUCUGUAUUUCUAUCAAUAAUUAAAAUAAUUAAGACCUUUCAGAUGUAACCUCUACAGGAUACACAAUUUAUUACACCAAAGUUGUUAUCGAAUAUUUUAGUUAUUCGUCUUGAUAUAUGAAAGGACACUGACACUGGUGCGAAUUCAACUUAAUACAUUUACACUUAUAUCAGUGCUCUAAAAUAAAAUUAAACAUUUUACUCAUAAUUAUUUAAACUUGGGAUACUAAUUUUAUUUAUAAGCUUAGUAAAAUUGUUCAAAAAUAAAUAGGUGUGUGAUCCCUUUGAAGAUAAUUGAAUAUCGAGCAUCAGAGUUCCCUAGUGGAAGGUUUAUACUUUAAUUAAUUAUAAAUUGAAAGAUAGAAUUAUAUUAGAAUAGAUAUAAUUCGUGUGAAAUGUAUGUAAGUAGAUAUUAGAUAUAUUUAUCUCAUAAUGUGUAGGUACAAAUCAGUCACAGUAGGCACGAUACAAAAUAUGCAUUAAUACAAUAUCAAUUAACUGAGCUGCCUAAAGAGUAAAUAUAUGGGUGCCUUACAAAAUCAUAUAAUUUCUAAGAGAUUUGAGAACUCAUGUUUACCAUUUGUUGUUUUACACACCUUUGACUAGUCGCCAAUAACUCAAAUUUCUCAGUUUGAAUUUUCUGGAGAUUUCGACAACUAGUCGAAUAUCAGGAACUUCGAUGAUUAAAAGCGCUUAAAAAAUUAAAAACUACUGUAGUGUCAUGUUAUUAUGUACAAAUUAAUAAAUGACCCAAACAUAAGACAAUCUGCUGAACUAAUGUCCAGCAAUUAUAUCUAAACCGAUUAAUUCAUUGAAUUCGUUUAAAGAAACUUACAGUGAUAAUUUCAACAAAACUUGAAUACUUUUUCAUUGUAUUCCAAUGAAACAAAACUAUAGUCGCUAGCAACAAUCGACAGCUGUACCUACAUAUUAAUAUAGCGAUUAUCGUAACGAUUCAUAAGUGUGGCGAUAUUGAGGGCGAGCCUGAUGCACCAUUUUUCUAAAUUUAUAUUUAAUCCUAAUAUUUUAAUUUGAUACUUUUACGGUUUUACAGUUUUAUGGGCCAUCAUAAACUAAAUUUCUAAUAAUUUCCACUAGGUAUCGAUAAAUCGCUCCUGGAAUACCUAAAAAGCGAAUAAUAACUAACCAGCGAAAGUACAGCACUUUUAUGUAUUAGGUAUCUAUCUAUAAGUACCUACACCACUUUCUGUUAUCAUGAAUGGCACUUAUUAAUUUUAAAUUAGUAAGUAGACAUAAAAAAAUGUAAUUUAAUGAAAGAAAAAACCUGCAUAAUCCCUCCGUCAGCUUUAAGUAUUGUACAUUUAAAAUGUAAUAUAGGUGCUUAUGUAAGCACCUACCUAUAAAUUGAAAAUAUAUCUGAAUUUAAAAGAAAA